AUGAAGACUCAAGCGCUCCUGGCCCUGCUGGCCGCCUCCAUCUGCUCUGUGGCUGCCGUGCCCUCCCCCCAGGACGCGGCCAACAGAAAGGCCGGCCUCCGUCUGAUCAAGACUUCCCCCAAGGGUGCCCCUAAGUGGAUCUCUGAGGAGGAAAAGAUCGUUCAGUAUGCGGCGCACGAGAUCGGUUUCGUUGAUAUCACCGAUAUCACAGAUUCCCAAGUCCUCAGGGCCCUGUCUGCCGAUGAGGAUGAGGAUGUCUUCCAAGCCCGGGCCGUCACCUACCCUACUGCCGUGAGCAAGCAGGCCCAGGCCAAUCCUCUCAUCAACCUCGUCUCCACUACCCAACCCCAAAGCUGGAUGACAACCCUCACCAACUAUCACAACCGUUACUACAGGGCCACCUACGGCACCCAGGCCGGUACUUGGCUCUAUAACACCCUCGUCAGCCUCGUCGCUGUCAACCCAGCCAUCACCGUCACCAGGUUUACCCACUCCUUCAACCAGCCCUCCAUCAUCGUCAAGAUUCCCGGAAACUCCACUGACCUCGUCAUCGUUUCCGCUCACUAUGAUUCCACCGCCGGCUCGACCACCGCACGUGCUCCCGGCGCUGAUGACAACGCCUCCGGUGUUGUCGUCCUCAUGGAGGCGCUCCGUGUCCUGGCCAACAACAAGUUCAAGGGCAAGGACACCCUCGAGUUCCACUUCUACGGCGGUGAGGAGGGUGGUCUCCUUGGCUCUGCUGCUGUCUUUGCCAACUACAAGUCCACCGGCAAGACCGUCCUCGCUGUUGUGAACCAGGACAUGGCCGGCUACUCCCCCAGCGGGAAGAUCUCCAUCUACACCGACUACGUUGACAGCGCUCUGACUGCGUACGUCCGUGUGGUCGCUACCGCUUACACUGGCACUACUACCGCCGAUAAGUGCGGCUACGGAUGCUCCGACCACGCUUCAGCCCGCUCCAACGGUUUCCCCGCCGCCUACGUUUGCGAUGAAGUUAUGAAGACUGCCACUCCUUACAUUCACACCGCCAACGAUGCCCUCUCCACCAUCAUGUGGCCCGCCAUCCUCCGCCACACCAAGUUCACCGUUGCCUUCCUCGUCGAGGCUUCAUACUUGUAA